AUGGAGCCCCCGGGUCUGGCUAAGAGCUUACGUAAGGCCAGCUGGCGGCUGCACCCCGAUCUCCCAUGGGUGUCUGCAGAGCCCCCGGCCCGGGGCGGGCUUCCCCCGGGUCCAUGCCCUCCGCCUCUCGGCCGGGGUCCGCGGGGAAGCCGGGGACCCCCAGCCCGGCGCCGGCGGCGUCCGCCAUACAUUAUACGAAGUUAUACGACUGGGAAGCCCACUGGCGAGGCGGCUUCUCCGGCCCCUGCGAGCGCUGUCGCCGGAGCUUGCCCGCAGCCGCGGAAGAGGCUGGUGUCCGUCUGCGACCACUGCAAGAGCAAGAUGCAGCUGGUGGCUGACCUGCUGCUGCUGUCGAGCGAGGCGCGGCCCGUGCUCUUUGAGGGUCCCGCCUCCUCUUGUGCCGGUGUCGAAUCCUUCGAGCAGUGCCGGGACACCAUCAUAGCGCGCACCAAGGGGCUCUCCAUCCUCACCCACGACGUGCAGAGCCAGCUCAACAUGGGCCGCUUCGGGGAAGCGGGGGACAGCCUGGUGGAGCUGGGCGACCUGGUGGUGUCGCUGACUGAAUGCUCGGCCCAUGCGGCCUACCUGGCGGCCGUGGCCACGCCGGGCGCGCAGCCCGCGCAGCCGGGCCUGGUGGACCGCUACCGCGUGACGCGCUGCCGCCACGAGGUGGAGCAGGGCUGCGCGGUGCUGCGCGCCACACCGCUGGCCGACAUGACGCCGCAGCUGCUGCUGGAGGUGUCGCAGGGCCUGUCGCGCAACCUCAAGUUCCUGACGGACGCGUGCGCCCUGGCCAGUGACAAGUCGCGGGACCGCUUUUCGCGCGAACAGUUCAAGCUGGGCGUCAAGUGCAUGAGCACGAGCGCGUCGGCGCUGCUGGCCUGUGUGCGCGAGGUGAAAGCGGCACCCAGCGAGCUGGCCCGCAGCCGCUGCGCACUCUUCAGCGGGCCCCUGGUGCAGGCGGUGAGCGCCCUGGUGGGCUUCGCCACCGAGCCGCAGUUCCUGGGUCGCGCGGCGGCCGUGAGCGCCGAGGGCAAGGCGGUGCAGACCGCCAUCCUGGGCGGCGCCAUGAGCGUGGUGUCGGCCUGCGUGCUCCUGACCCAGUGCCUCAGGGAUCUGGCGCAGCACCCGGACGGGGGCGCCAAGAUGUCGGACCACAGGGAGAGGCUGAGGAACUCGGCCUGCGCCGUGUCUGAAGGCUGCACCCUGCUAUCUCAGGCUUUAAGGGAGAGGUCUUCGCCCAGGACUUUCCCGCCAGUGAAUUCCAAUUCUGUGAAUUAGCACCCCCCUCCCAUACCCCUUCUUCCACCCCCAGACUAAAGGAAGAUACUUACUCUCUACCCCUCUCCAUUUAUACCAAAGAAAUCAUAGGUGAAGCCGCCCCCUACCCCCCAUGUUAAAUGCUCGAGAGGAAUCUUCCAAAGGGCAGGGCCAUGCACACACCUUACAUGCGCACCCGGAGGGCCGAGAUGUCCACCAGCCACGCAGUAGGGACUGGGCUAUGGAAGAUGUGUAUCUGCUGGUUGCAGCAUUAUCCAGCCAACCCCUAUCCCAGCCCGUCUUCCGGAAUUUCUCAACUAAAUUUUAUUAUUAAUUGGGCAGGAAGGAGGUCAUGGGUUCAUUUCUUUUUCUUUUUUUUUUCAUAAUUAAAAGAAAGGUUACCUCAGUUUUCACUCCUUAGACAUGGAUGUAGCUACCUUUUUUGUAUGUUGUUAUUUUUUUUUAAGCAAUCGUGUUGAAUUGGGAGUAUACUUGGUGUGGAAAGAGUAUGACUUGGCCAUGUGAUUUGCAAAUGGGGGGAAAGCUACUGUGAGCGUGUGUUUUAUUUUUUAAUUUACACUAUAGAGUGAUUAUUUUUCCCCCAGUGUCAAGUUUUUACCUUGCAUGUACUGGAGUAUUUAUUUCAUCUAUUAAAAUGUUAUGUUUCUCAGA